AAAGUUAGUCUCUUAUAUAAUAUCUUUCUUGUAUACAUUUCUAGAAUAGAUUCUAUAUAUCCACCGCCCCAAAUAAAGACUUUCUUCUAUUCUUUCUCCAUCAUCUUCCCUGUUCUUUUGUAUGGGUUUCUUUUCUGUGUGAGCAGAGUGAUCAAAACAAAAGGAGCAGAUCCAAGGUGGGUUGGUUAAUCUGUCAACUCCAUCAAUCAAUCCAUCAAUCAAAUCAACCAGUCUGCCUGCAGUUGUAGAACUUGUUGUAAUAGGGAAUCCGAGCUCAAAAAAUCCAAUAAUAAUUUAUUUUUCUUAGAGAGAGUAAAAAGAGCCAAAAGGAAUCAUUCUUAAAUCCUCUAAACCAUGUCAUCAAACGCGUCUAAUGUUGUUAUGUCAUCCAAUUCUUCUUCCUCUUCCUCUUCAUCUACUUUGUCAUUGGACCACCACCAUCACCUCCCUCCCUCCGAGCAGCUCUGCUAUGUUCAUUGCAACUUAUGCGACACCGUUCUCGUGGUAAGUGUUCCGAGUUCAAGUUUGUUCAAGACGGUGACGGUUCGAUGCGGCCAUUGUGCGAAUCUGUUGCCAGUAAGCAUGAGGCAAGGCUUGCUUUUGCCUUCUCCAAAUCAGCUUCAUCAUCACUUACUUGGCCAUACUUUUUUCUCUCCUUCAUCCCAGAAUUUCCUGGAUCAAAUUUCAAGUCCACCUCCAAACUUUCUGAUUAAUCAGGUUACUGCACCAAAUGAUCGUCAACAUCAUCACCAUCAGUUUGCCCUACCUCCUCAUCAAACGGGAUUCAAUGAUCUCCCUAAGCCACCAUCUGCCAUCAACAGAACCACGGAGAAGAGACAGAGAAUCCCGUCUGCUUACAACCGAUUCAUCAAGGAGGAGAUCCAACGCAUCAAAGCUCAAAAUCCUGACAUUAGCCAUAGGGAGGCUUUCAGCGCAGCUGCCAAAAAUUGGGCUCACUUUCCUCACAUUCAAUUUGGUCUCAUGCCUGAUCAGACUGCUAGGAAAAGUACUAAUGUGCGCCAACAGGAGACUCAUGAAGAUCAUGUUCUAAUGAAGGAUGGGUUUUUCGCAACGGCUAAUAUUGGGGUUUCCCCAUACUAAGAAUAAUGAAAGCCAGCACGCACUUUGGUCUUUGGCUAUGUUUCUUAAGGCCGAUGAUCUUUUGUGUGGAAAUUACGAGCUAGAAAAACUUUGGUAUUGAUCUCAAUGGUGAAACAAUGUUUGAGGUCAAGAUAACUUCUCUUGUCUAACCCUUCUUUUAAUUUUUAGCUCCUUUUGUUAGCUUAUGACUCGUUGGUAACUUUGCCAAUAUUUGUAAGCUAGACUGCUAUAAUAGUACGUACGUUCUACUUAAUUUGUUGGCACUUUCAAAUGUUUUGCUGAAGGCUGCAUAAUGAGUCCUGUUCUGGUUUUUUUCCCCCCUCUAAUAUUAAGCAUAUGCUAUAGAUGUAUACCAUGAGGCCAAAAUUCGACACAUA